AUCGUUCAGUCGAACAUAUCCGUUUAGCGCGAUCGCUCGGGAGCAUAUCGUGUGCGUGAAAAAAGCACACCUCCCACCAGUAGUGGUUAGUCGUAGUUUGCAGAAACAAUUAAAAAAUUAUACAUAUAUAUAUAUAUAUAUAUAUAUAUAUAUAUAUAUGCGCAUGUAUAUAUUAUAUAUAUUAUAAACUUUGAAAAUUUGUUUUUUAAAUUAUAUGUAUCUAUUUAUUUAGAUAUUGGUUCUAAACGAGAGUAAUAAUUAAAUACAAAUAAAUAGCGACGGGAUAACGGGUUGUCGCCGGUACGUUCAGAAAGUUUAGGUAAAGAAAAAAAAAAGGCGAAUAAUUAAGAAAAUCGUAUUGCGGCCGUUCUUGUGUGUGGCGUUUUCUUCGCGGUUUACAGUUUCGAAUAAACACAAUUGUGUUAUUUUGUGUAUUGUGUUUUUUUCAACACGUUACACACACGCGCGUCUUUUUGAUAAUAACACACGGAACUUUACUCGUACGUAAAUUAUAUUGGGUAUUGACAGUUUUCGUUUAAAAAUCGUAUCCCAGGCGAAUCGAUCAAUCGCGUUUGUGAAUCGUUUGCAUCGCAAGCAAAGUCGACUACCACAGGAGUAACCGGAAGACACCAUGGAAUCGCAAAACCAGGAAGCAGUGACGGUAGCCGCCGCCGAAGUGCCCAACGACCCAGGGAAAAUGUUCAUUGGAGGCCUGAGUUGGCAAACAAGUCCAGAAUCUCUAAGAGAAUACUUCAGUAAAUUUGGAGAGAUUACCGAAGUGAUGGUUAUGAAGGAUCCAACAACUCGCCGAUCAAGCCGUGCUGCUGUAGCUGAUCAGUCUACCGGAAAAGAAAACGAGCUGAAAUAUGUGUCAAGGGGAUUUGGCUUCGUCACGUUUGCGGAUCCAUCCGGUGUCGAAAAAGUGCUAGCCCAAGGAUCGCAUGAGUUGGACGGUAAAAAGAUUGAUCCGAAAGUGGCAUUUCCACGACGAGCUCAUCCAAAAAUGGUGACUCGAACCAAAAAGAUCUUCGUCGGCGGCCUAUCGGCACCAACAACGUUGGAGGACGUCAAAAACUACUUCGAACAGUUCGGGCCGAUUGAAGACGCCAUGUUGAUGUUCGACAAACAGACAAAUCGGCACAGAGGUUUUGGUUUCGUGACGUUUCAUUCGGAAGAUGUUGUAGACAAAGUCUGUGAAAUACAUUUCCACGAAAUCAACAGUAAAAUGGUGGAGUGCAAAAAAGCGCAACCGAAGGAAGUGAUGUUGCCGGCAAACCUGGCGAAAACGCGAGCUGCUGGCCGUGGCACUUACGAUUUUAUGUGGCCAUUGGGAACCUUACCUGACGGCUUUCCGGCAGCUGCGUACGCUGCUUAUGCCUCUAGCCGAGGUUUUUCGGGUUACCCUAGUUUCGGACUCUCAUAUCCAGCAGGGGUCGCUAUAAUCGGGACCAGACCUCGUUGCGGUAUUUCUCCGGCCCAAUGCCAUAACGUUGAUCUGGCAAUUAACGGCCAGUUAACGACAAACAAUAACACGCCGCUGCUAACACAAGCCCUUUCAGUGAUGAGCAAUUACCAUCAUCAAGCUGCCGCGGUCGCGGCCCAAGGUUUCGGACCACCAGCUUCACCGCAUACCGGCGGUCCCGGCAAUCCUCGGGGCUCCGCUUUCCCGCCGGCCACGUCGCCCGGCCCAGGCGCCCCGUCCACCAUGGACAUUUACAGCUCAAACCCGGCUGACUACGUGCAGGCAGCGUCGCCUCAACCAUCCGCGUUUCCCGCAAUCGCCGUCUCACGUGCGCCCAUUAAUUACAAUCCUGUAGGGAGCUUUGAUUCCGGCCGCUUUUACCAAUGGGUACCACUGAACAACGCCAGAGUCAAUAAGUUUCUGCCAUCGUAAGGUUGAACAAUAUUAGUCGCCCCUAUUCGUAUGAUUGGCUCGAUAACUCACAACUAUCACUUAAGAUGCAAAAAGACGUCUCAUUCACUCUCACUUACACCAAAGGUUUUUAUUUCUCAAGAAUGCUAUUAAUAAUAAUAGUUUCUAUAUAGUAUGGUAUAAUACUAUUAUACUGAUUAUGAAUACAAUAAAAAAAAACAUGUUUAAUGAUAAUAUUAAUGUUUAUAUUAUAAAAAGUAAUAAAAACUUUAGUAUUUAAGAUAAUUAUACAAAAAUAUUAUUAUUAUUAUUAUUAUAUAUGAUUAUUAUAUUAUAUUCGUUUGUUUUAUUAGGGUUUUUAUUAUUAUACACAAACGAAAAUACCCAAGCGUACUUGUACAUUUUAAAUAAGAACUUAAUAAUUUUAUUGUAAUAAUAAUUUACCUAUACCUAAUAUAAAACAAUCCCUAUACAAUUAACUCAUUCAGUAAAACAAUUCAAAUGCGUGUCCCUCUUGAUAUUUUUUUUUUGAAAUAUGGUCGUAUAUUUAUUACUUAUAAUAUUAAAUUAUUUAUAAAUCAAGACUACUAAAUAAGAUCUCAUAAUUUAUCUGAUUGGCAAAUAGGACAACAAUAAUAUUUUCAAAAAAAAACACGUUUGGUUGACUAAAUUAUAUUAAAUUGUUCAUUAACGAACUACCUUUAAUUAUUCAAAUUUGAGAUCCUGGGCGUAAAACAAAAAUCAUUCGAUAAUAGCUAAACGAUUGUGUCAUCAUCGGUUCGAACAAUAAAUGAAUAAAAUAAAAAUAAGUAAUUAAAUAAUUAACGAUAAAUUUAUGAAAUUAUGAAUAAGGCGUACCAAGGGUUUUGGUAUUACUCUGUAUUUUAAUGCUCUAGUCCUAAGCUAACGUCAUGUUAUUGUUACGAUUUAAUGGAAAAUGUAAAAUAUAAUGUUCAUCAAUGCCGAAGACAAGCAGAUAUUAAGAUAUUUAGUCAAACCAACUGGUACAUUUUGAUUAUUUUAAAAAUAUAAAUUUUAAAAAAACAAUAAUGCUGGGCUACAAAAUUAAUUAUAUACAACUUAUACUUGAUACUCUCAAAACGUAUUUAAAAUUAUUAGAUUUAAUUUCUUUUGUUUUUAUUAUAAAUUUUUGUUUAUUAUUAUUUAUAAUAUAAUAAUCAUACACGAUUUUUUUUUAACGAACAAUUUAUAAUACUAUUAAAACUUAUCAACUAUUAUGUUUGUUAUGUAAUUUUUAAAAAAAUAUUCUUUGCCAUGAAUUUUUUUGUUUUGUUUUUUUCAUUUGUUACCCAAAUAUUUAACUAAAUAUAAUUGUUGUUAAACUAUUUUAUUGUUAUUACAAUUUUAAAACUUAUCAUUAAAUUAUUAAUAAUUAAUAAAAUAAUUAAUUAAUAAUUCUAAUAAUUCCCCAAUAGUUGAAUUUCAUACUUUCUCUUCCUCUUUUUGUUCAUUUAUUUUGUAAGUAUUGUUUUGUUUGGUUUCUAUUCAAUCGUUUUGUUGAAAUUUUAAAAUUAUGUAUAUGUAACAACAUGUUUAAGUAAAACACCAAAUAUUAUACUCGUUAUGGUUAUAAAUCGCGAUAUUUUGUUGGUAUAAUGAUAUCAAUACUAAUGACGACCUAGACUUUAUUCACCGUGUCUAUACAUUAUUAUGUACAUUUAUUACCGGCACUAGUAUAAUUAAUAAUUAAUAUAAUGUAUUCGAAUCGCGUUUUAGUAAAAAUCAAAAACAAAUUAUUAAUAUGAUUGUUUUUUAUACAGCAUAACAGGGUAAUGUUCUGUUAAAAAACAAUUACUCUACCGAUUCGAACGAUAUAAAUGGAAAAAUUAAUACGUUUACAGAUUGAAAUAAUACAAAUUAGUUGUUCAGUCCUUGUUUUCGUGUUAUGAGACUAAAUUGAUUACAACUCGUUCGACCAGUUCAAUACUUUAAGUAGAUAAUUUAAACGUAUUACUCAAACGAUUGUUGUCUUUGUUUGAAUUACUUAGACAAAUUAUUUAAGUACACGAUUGUUACAUUAACGAUUUUAUAAACAUUUUCUUCCUUUUUAAAUAAACUGUUAAAAAUCUAUUCUAAUGACGCGCUUUAGAAACAAGUUACUUAUUUUGUGAAACAUUUAAAUUCAAUUAAAAAAUUAAAAAAUACUAAAUUAUAACGUGUUUGGAUAUUCGAUGUGAAUUUAAUGUUUUUUUAAAUCCAAUCACUAAUAAUAUUAUAUUUUUUAAGUAAUCUUCAAAACAUUCCUAAAAAAAAUACCCUCAGAUUUCUUCAAACACAAAAUCAAUAAUUAAAUGUAACAACAGAUAUUUAUAGUUUGAUAACUUUAUUUAAUAUUUAUCACAUAAUAUCCGUAUUGUAUUGCGAUCAAAAUAAUAGUUAUUGUUCAGUGCGAAUAAAACGAAUACAUUUAUUAAUAACCAUAACGAAAUGUACUUAUUGUUGUAACGGUACGGUUUAAUUAUAUUAUAAACGUGUACAUACUUUCUUACCUAACUAAUUAAUUAUUAAUAAUUAAUAAUAAUAAUAUUAUAAUUAAAAAAAUGCAGAUCUGCAAUUAUUGUGGAAAUGAAACAUUUUUUUCUUUUAAAUUUAAGUUUAAAAAUCUACAUUUAUUAAUAUUAAUUAUAUUUAAAACUAAUACAAUUUUAAAAAUACCAAAAAAUAUAUAGCAUAAUUGUAAGGUCAUUGUAGACAUUAAUUUUAUUAUAAAACAUAAAUAUUAAUUAGGUAUACUUAUUAUACACAUUUGUAGCAUUGUGGUUCAUAAAAAAUAAGAAAAUAAAAAUAAGAUCUUGUUUGCUCUUUAUUGAUUGCUUUUGAUUUACACUGUUAAGCAUAUAUUGUUUUAUGAUUAUUAUUAUUUAUUAUUACGAUUAUUAUUACUUUUUUUUUAUAACAUGUGAUAUUCAUAUUAACCAUACGUAAGACUAAUAAUAUGUAUAAAAUUAAUUCGCAAUAUCUAUUAAUUGAUAUAAGGACACAAAAUAUGAAUGUGAUUUAAUGAUGUAUACUUUAUUAAAAUUCAAUCCUCAAAGAGGAAAAAUAAUACACACUACACUGCAAAUAUUAUAAUUUCCAGUAAUAAUUUCAAAUAACUUAACAAAUUAAUUAAUUUUUUUUUUUAAUUUUUGUUAUUUUUCUUUAAAAUUAAAAUAUUGUUUUGAAAAAGAAGUUUUUAUAAUAACUUAACGUACGAUAAAAGCUCAAUUAUGUUUUGAGUUUUUUCUAUAUGUGAUGUAGUUCAAAAGUACAUGUAAUAGAGUUUAACAAACCUUUUCAUCAAAUUUCUUCUUUUAUCUAUUUUAAAGGUAAAACAAAUAUUAGAAUUCAUUAAUAUUUAAUUCGCGCCUUUAUCAUGAUAUUAUAAUACAAUGCACAUAUUUAUAUAUUAUAUAUAUUAAUAUAAUUAUUAUUAUAUAAAUACAUUUUUUUAACUCAAAAGAUAUAAUGUGAAUCUUGAUAAUAAUAAAUGACGAGAUGACUAUCUCUGUCUAGUAACAGUGGCAAUUUAAUACCAUAUCAAAGCUAAACAUUAACGAUUAUGUUUAGUAAAUUAUUAUGGCAAUAAUUAGCGUAGUAUACACAAGUUCUUUUUUUUAUGUAUAAAUAUUUUAUAUAUACAUAAUAUAUAUAUAACUUUAUUAUAUAGGUACUUACGAUACCAACAAAAAUACUUUUAAAAUUAUUGAUAACGUUUCUAUCACGUUAUGCUGCAAAAUGAUUUUGUGAUUUCGGUGUGGAACUGUGAAUUUUUGGUGUUUUAUGUUAUCACACGGUCAAUAUGUUUUCUUCGUAGAAUAAUAAUCUUAUAUAGGUACCGCUAAGUUUCGUGAUUUUUUUAAAUUAUUGGUCUAAACUCUAAACUUUAUUUAACAUAAUGUUUCUGUCAGAUUUAAAUGUAAUAUAUCGGAUUUGUUUCAAUUAUAGUUUAUAGGAUUUUGCUGGUAUUGUUAUAUUCGUUAGGACUGUAAGUUUGUUUUUCUUCAAUAGUAAAUUAUUUCUUUACCCUCUCACAUUUCGAACGAUACGACGACAUUAAGAUUUAUUAAGAGCAAUACAGUUAAAAACACUAAUACAAUUAGAUAAAAAAUUAUACUUGAAGUGUUCAUAACUCGCAAAGAGUACAAUUCGUGUGUUUUAUUUUCGAAAUAUCAUGUAGACUUAUCUUGACAUAGAUGGUGUAUUUUAGAAUAAUAAUGACGAGCACUCGGAGAGUGAAUCUGUUAGAAUGUAGUACAUACAUAUAAUAUAAUAUUACCACAGCUAAUAUCAGUUUAUCAUAUUGUUUUUUAACGUUUCACUAUUACACUCAUCACCCUGUUAGAUAAUGUUAUUCAAAACACAGUACACACCUAACACAUUUUCGUAUGCUAAAAAAAAAAUAAUCACUUAAAUAUAAUGGUAUUAUAAUAUACAUAGAUAGAUGUACGUAAAAUGUAAUAAUUUUUAUUUAUAAUGCUUCUUUCUUUUAUUAUAAUGUAUUAUUAUUCAAAGAAAAAAUGCUUGACAUUGUAGAUUCUACAUUUUCAUAAUAUAUUAUAAAU